UAUAAAAUUGCAUUUAAGAUAUCUUGAUUGGGUGACAUCAUAUGAACAAAUUUAACCUUUCACGUUCGUUUUUUUCUUCUGCAAAAAAGCACAUUUCAUACUUAGAAAUAUAGGCCUAUAAUGCAAUAGUCUACAGUAGCUGUUAAGAAUGAUUUUAAAUAUAUAUGUUUAAUUCCUAUGAUAGGAUUCCCUAGAGUCAUAGGAGCAAUAGACUGCACACAUGUUGCAAUCUCCACAGCUCUAGGAGAACAUGAGGCAGAGUAUGUGAACAGAAAGUCCUUUCACAGCCUUAAUGUUCAGAUGACUUGUGAUCAUGAAUGCAUGAUCACAAGUUUGGAUGCCAAAUGGCCUGGCUCAGUGCAUGACUCACGAAUUUUCCGUGAGUCUAUUUUGUGUCAGCGCUUUGAGGAAGGGCUUUUUGAUGGCCUGUUGGUAGGAGAUCGAGGUUAUGCAUGCCAGAGGUUUUUGCUAACCCCCUAUCCUGACCCUCAGACAGGGCCACAAAACCGCUUCGAUGUGGUCCUCAGUAAAACCAGGGUCAAGAUCGAGAUGACCUUUGGCAUCCUAAAGGCACGUUUCAACUGCCUUAGGCGUUUAAGAGUGUCACCAGAGCGAGCAUCACAGAUAGUGGCUGCAUGUGCCAUUCUGCACAAUAUAGCCACUAUCAGAAAGGAGCGAGUACCACCACAAAACCAGCUUCUCCCUGAUGAAAUUGACCCCAUCGCAAUUGACCACCCAGCUGGCGCAGAUGUCAGAGAUGCAAUCACAACACAAUAUUUUACUUAAUAAAAGCACACUGACACUGCUGGUAGGUCUCAAACUGUUUUAUUGGUC